AUGAAGCCCAAAAAAGCCGUUCCUAAUGUACCAAAAGAGCAGCUUAUGAUCAUGACAAUCAGUGAGAUUAUCUCUGAAUUGAUCAAAGCUGUCAAUGAGAAGCGUGACGUUAAUUUGAACAAGUAUGUUUAUAGUAUGAUAAUUUCAAUGUGGGUAGACUCAAGACAACUGUCUCCAGUAAAUAUGGUCUAUCAUCUCAGCCCCGUCUGGUUGAUGUUAUCUCAGCCGUUCCCAAUGAAUACAAACACUUAUUGCCCUGGUGGCCCAGAUUCCGACUUUGAAUAUUCCACACAGUCUUAUACAGGCUAUGAGCCGACAUCUAUGCGAGCAAUUCGAGCCCGUUACAAUCCGUAUAUGCAAACUAGACAUCGUAUUGAACAGUUGCAACAAUUGGGUCAUUCGUGCGACAAAGUGGAAUUUAUAGUUAUGGGAGGCACAUUUAUGUGUCUACCGGAGGACUAUCGUGACUAUUUUAUCCGGAAUCUUCAUGACGCUCUAUCCGGUCACUCAAGCCAGAGCGUAGAAGAGGCAGUGAGCUAUUCGGAACGAAGCCGAACUAAAUGCGUAGGCAUUACCAUCGAAACCAGACCGGAUUAUUGUUUGAAAAAACAUCUGAGGGGGCAUACCGUGCGUGCGGUGUGCGAAUCUUUCCAUUUGUCAAAAGAUGCCGGCUUCAAAGUUGUCGCACAUAUGAUGCCGGACCUGCCAAACGUCGGUUGGGAACGUGAUAUUGCUCAGUUUGCAGAAUACUUCGAAAAUCCCGCAUUUCGCUCAGACGGAUUGAAAAUCUAUCCGACCUUGGUUAUUCGGGGGACUGGUCUGUACGAGCUGUGGCGAACCGGUCGUUAUCGAAGUUACCCAUCAACUGUUCUAAUUGAUCUGGUUGCCCGUAUCUUGGCCCUCGUUCCCCCAUGGACUCGGGUCUAUCGGAUUCAACGUGAUAUUCCUAUGCCAUUGGUAACCAGUGGAGUCGAACACGGCAAUUUACGCGAACUUGUCCUGGCACGGAUGGCUGAGCUUGGGGCAAGCUGUCGUGAUGUACGCACGAGAGAAGUGGGUAUUCAGGAAAUUCACUCUCGUGUCAAACCGUAUCAGGUUGGUGUUGACAGGAUUAUAGGUAUGAUUGAACUAAUUCGACGUGACUAUGUGGCCAACGGGGGCUGGGAGACAUUCCUCGCCUACGAGGACCCGUAUCAGGAUAUCCUGAUCGGUUUGCUGCGUUUGCGACAAUGCUCUUCUCUCACAUUCAGACCAGAACUUCGAGUCCUCUCGGAUAAUAGCAGUACUGUCUGUGAUACCGAUCCGCGAUGUUCCAUCGUACGUGAGUUGCAUGUGUAUGGUAGCGCGGUACCAAUUUCGGCCAAGGAUCCGACCAAAUUUCAGCACCAAGUGAGUUCCCAAUACUUGUAUGGCAUCGUGUUACCCAAUCGAUAG